AUGGAGAAAGAGAAGAGAACAUUGUGCUUGGAAUCUGCUUCUCUUCGAGUCUUCAAUCUUCUCUACAUCACUCAACCACAUUUAAUCGAAAUUUCUGGAAGCUGCAAUGGUCUUGUUUGUGUCUAUGAUAAGUGGGGAGAAUCCAUAUACGUACUCAACCCGACCACAAGGUGGUUCCGACAACUUCCUCAACCUAGGUUUCAUAUAUUUAUGCAAAAGGCAACGUACACUCGGGAAACUAUCAUACACAAUAUGCCAAUCCCUAGACUAGCGUUCGCAAAGGCCACAAUGUGUGAUUAUAAAUUGGUGUGGCUAUACAAUUCUGAUAUAUACAAUUCUGACGCCGUGAGGUUAAGCGAAGGAUUUACCGAGUGCGAGGUCUUUGAUUUUAGGGCAAACGCUUGGAGAUACUUGGAUUGCACGCCAACCUACAGGAUAUUUAACGACCAAUCACCAGUGUCCACGAACGGAUCAGUUUAUUGGCUCACAGAACGAUACAAUGGCGAGACCAAAGUUAUAGUUUUUGAUCUUCAAACUGAGACUUUUCGAUUGCUUCCUAAUAAUCCAGCUUCUCGUUCACAUCCAGACCAUAUCGACCUGUGCAUAUUGGAUAAUCGUUUGUGCAUGUCGAAGAGAAAGCGCCGUACAAUGAUCCAAGAGAUUUGGAGCUUACAAGAGACAUGGAUAAAGAUUUAUACUAUAGAUCUUCGAUCUUGUUCUUCAUCAUGGUCUGUAUCUGGAAGGGUUUAUUCUACUUGGACCCGAAAGCAUGUGAUUCGGCCAUGCACACCGGUGGCGAUAUUGAAGAACAAGGAGAUCCUACUCACACAUCGUUAUGGUAAAGGUCUGGUGAAGUAUGAUCCACAAACAAAUUCGUACUCUCCAAUGCACGAUCAUCUAUUUUUUUAUAGAGGUGUUCCUUAUUUCCAGAGUUUAAUAUCUCAUAUCUAAAACCU